GAAAUGUCUUACGGAUUGAAUGUAGAAAUGCAUAAACAGACCGAAAUCGCGAAGCGUUUGAAUGCAAUUAUUGCACAGAUUUUACCAUUUUUGUCACAAGAGCAUCAACAACAGGUCGCGUCGGCGGUCGAGAGGGCCAAACAGGUGACGAUGACUGAACUCAAUGCCAUCAUUGGACAACAAAUACACGCUCAACAGCUCUCAUCGGCGCACUCACACGGGCCACCCAUGCCUAUGAUGCCACACCCGGCACUCGCCGGUCUUCAGCCGCCGGUGUCCGCGGCCGCAGCGGCAGCAUUAGCCGCCGGAUUACCGCCAUCGAGCUCUGCUGCCGGUCUGUUAGCCCUAUCAUCUGCCGGUGCAUUGGCUGGCGGCCCGUCUUUGCCCACAAAUAAUAACAACUCAAGUCAUUUGCCGGGCAUUCCGUCGGCUCUUCCUAAGGAGUCAUCGCAUCGCGAGAACAAUGAGAAGCGUUCACUAAAU